AUCCAAAGAGAGGAAAAAUGGCACUGAGAGCAGCCAUACUUCGCCAUGUUCGGGUGCCACUCGAAGCUACUCCUAAAUUGCAACCAUGGAAUACUUUCUUUCGCUCCAUGUCUUCACAUGAUGAUCAUAUCACCAAAAAAGAGGUCGUCAAAGAUUUCCUCAAAGUGGAUCCUUCCAAGGUGACUCCAGAAGUGCAAUUUCAGAAGGAUUUGGGUUUGGACAGCUUAAACACACCAAAAGAAGAGCUUGAAUUCCCAGACAAGGAAGCUGAAAAAAUUGACGCUUGUCAGUUUACAGUUGAGUACAUUAAUAACGAUAUAUUGGUUUUUGAAGUGUUGUAAAGUGAGAUUUGAAGUGUUAGCCAAGAACAAUGGCUAGUUCAGAAAAUUUUAAAGCC